GCUGCCUUGCCUUAUCGCGCAUGCCAGCGCCGUCUGCAUGCCUCGCUGCUGUCCUCCUCCCUCUCUCUACACAGUUGUAACAGUGCAGCACUCUCCCUCGCACCGUCCUCGCUGUCUGCUUCUCUCCCGCUGCUACGGUCGCUGUCGCGUGCCCGGGGACCUUCGGCGGGCCCUGACCCUGCGUGUUUGACGCUCCCCUUGUCGGCCAUCCAAUCCCGCCGCAGCAAUAACGUAAAGGAAUCCAUCCCGACGCGCAUCCGACCAACGUCACCGCCCUCUAGCCGUGCUGGGCCUCGCAGCACGUUAGUCACGGGAAAACGCCCACAGGGACUUGCACCAUGAUCUCGCCAAGGGCCUUUCCAUAUAUGCACGCCUCGCCGCCCUCGCCGCGCAGCACGCCUGCCGACAAGAUGCGCUCACGGACAACACGCCCGCCGCUUGCUCCGCGCACCACCAAUCCCGCAUGCGAGCCCGCUGCCUCGACCGCCGCCGACGCCAUGCUGAAGCACUCCAGCCCGGUUGUGAUCCCGCCGCGGACGCCCACACGCCCGACCUCGACGCCGUCUGUACGUGUCAAGGGCCAGAGCCGCCCAGCCUCGUCCACCCAGAGCCACCACUCGGACACUCUCCCGCCCGCCGUCGCCGCGCUGCUGGCCGUCACCGCAAUCCCCGCCCGCCAGUCGCACCGCCGCCGCAAGCGCCCCGCCUCGGACAGGCGCAUCUCCAUGGACGAGCUCAUCCAGGAGUGGAAGCAGGAUCACGUGGAGACGCCGCCGUCGUGGUCCAUGUCGCCGCUGGACGUGCUGCUGGGCCGCGUCGACGAGUCUGAGUCGGACUAUGGCGGCAGCCUGCCGAGCCUGGAGCAGGAGAAGGGCCGCUUCGGCGCCUCGAGGUCCAUCUCCAGCGACUCGCUGUCGACGCUGCCGCCCUCGCUGGACUACGAUGCCUCCUCGUACGCCUCGCAGUGGGACAACAUCAGCACGCCCGAGUCGGUUUCUCGCAGGGAGAGAAUCUACUCGUCACCGCCCAAGGAAGACUGCGUCCUGGACCACCCGCUGCUCCACUUCAACGUCGAGGCGCCGGAGGAGCUCACCGAAGAGAAUGCCGCAGACCUCAUCACCAUCUCGCCCUCCAACGAGCGCUUCAAGUCGUUCAAAUCCAACCUCACAGCCUCCUUCCAGGCGCUCAAAGAAGCCGCAAAGUCCUUCUCCAACUUCACCGCCCCGAGCGUGCCCCCCGAGGACCUCCUCACGCGCUCCAUCCUCUCGCCGCGCUUCACAAGCGAAAUGCGCCCCAAGCACCUCGAAGGCCUCCCCUCGCCCGCCCUGCGCCGCUACCUCAACCCAACCCCCGCCCCCAUCUCGCCCACCGAGCUGUCCAUGCACCUCCACGACGCCCUCACCCUCGACUCCGACGCCGACACCUCCGCGCCCAUGAUCCCGAUGCAGACGUACGACCGCCGCGGCCGCGCCACCUCGCGCCGCCGCAGCAAGUCCGCCGACCCGCUGUCCGAGGCGGGCCGCCUGCAGUCGCCGACCCCGACGGUGCGCCAGCGCGAACCCCGCGAGAACAGCGACUUCCUGCGCGUCAUCGUGCUGGAGAUGAACAUGCGCCGGUGCGGCAAGCUGGACGCCAAGGCCGUCGGCAAGGCGCGCAUCUGGCUGCCGCCGCGCAAGCUGGGCGCGAAGAGCGCCGCGCAGGAGGGCGGUGUGCCGGCGCGCUGGGUCGGCGUGCCGGUGUGAGUCGCCUGACAGACAAACAGCCUGCAUCCUGCAUCGUUGUGCGGCUGCAGGGCCUCGGGAUAAUGCACCGCGACGCAGCAACGUCGACCCGCAGCACCGCCGCCGGACUACAGCCGUCAAUCCGGAAACUCGAUCCGGAAAACGAUAUAGGCCCGAUCACAGCACCCGGAU